CCUCCUCCUGCUCCACCUCCUCCUCCUCCAGAUGGCAGCGUUCCUGUCCGCCCUGCAGGUGUCCGACCCCCUGGCCGGCCUCCCUCCUCCUCCCUCCCCUCUGGACGGGUACUACUCUAAGCUGGAGGAGCUGCAGAUGCUGCUGCAGAACGCAGCCGCGGGAGGCUCACUGCUGGCGGCCUCAGCGGCGGAGGGAGCCGGUCUGCUGAGCGCGGAGCCCGGGGAGUACGGAGACUCUCUGUCGGACCUGGACCUCCCCCUCACCCCUCGGUCCCCUCUGGCCUACAGCGGUCGCUUCAGCUUUGAGCCCGCCUCCAGCAGCGGCCUGUGGGCGGAGCCUCUGCUCAGCCUGUUCACGGGGUUGGUCAGCGUCCCCCCCGCUGCUUCCUGCGCCCCCCUCUCUACAUCAUCGCUCACGCCGAGCCUCAGCUCCGUCCAUAUCAGCUGUUGCUCCGGUGACGUCACCUCCGUGUUCUCCGCGACGCCGACGUACACGUCCGCCUCCGGCUCCGACCUCCUCCUCCCCCCGGCUCCUCCCAGCGCCCCCCAGGCCUUCCCGCCACAGGGCCCGCCCCCGGCCUACCCGGCCUCCCGGCUCGGCCUCCAGGUGGUGCAGAUGCUCCCCGACUACCUGCUGAUGCAGGACGGCGAGCUCGGGCUGAUCCAGGACCAGAAGCCGGUGAACCCGCCGACGCUCACGCCGCUCUCCACCAUCAAAGCGUUCUCCUCUCAGAACCAGCCUGCAGGCUCCGCCUCUGGCCCCGCCCACCAGGCCCAGCUCUCCAAACCGAGCCGGGUCAGGAAGUCCCCCGCCGGGCGUCAGUGCAGGACGCCGCCUCACGAGCGCCCCUACGCCUGCCCCGCCGACGGCUGCGAGCGCCGCUUCUCGCGCUCCGACGAGCUGACGCGUCACGUGCGCGUGCACACGGGCCAGCGCCCGUUCCAGUGUCGCAUCUGCAUGCGCAGCUUCAGCCGCAGCGACCACCUGACCACGCACAUCCGCACGCACACCGGGGAGAAGCCGUUCGCCUGCAACGAGUGCGGACGCAAGUUCGCCCGCAGCGACGAGCGCAAGAGACACUCCAAGAUCCACCAGAAGCAGCGGGACCGCAAGACCUCCUCCUGCUCCUCCGCUCCCAUCUCCAUCUCCGGGCCUCCCUACUCCUCCCCUCCCACCUCCUCCCCCUGCUCCUCCUACUCCUCCCCCACUCACAGCUCCCCCUCCCCGGCCGCCUCCCUCUUCCCCUCCUCCUACUCCUCCCCCUGCUUCACCUCCUCGCCGUCCUCCCACCUCUCCUCCUGCUCCUCUCCGAUGGGGAGUCCUCAGUCGGAGCUCCACGGCUCCAACAUCUGCUGACAGGAAGUCCACCUGUCUGUCGUGACCUUUGACCUCGGACUGGAACUCACACAUGUGACCGAACAUUUUGUCUCCAUGGAGAGGAGGUCAAGGGUCAAACACCUGGCUGUGUUUCUGCUGCAGCUGGUUGAAUGUUUGGAGACUGUAUGACUCAGUGCUGCUGGUUCAUUUUGAGCCUUUUCAGCCACCGUACUCGUCGGCAGCGUCCGUUAAACGCCGUUCAGGACGUGAACUAAAACCUCCGAGGACCAAAGUGCUGAUUUACGAGACAUAAAGUCGCCUGAAUGUACAGAGACCAGCGUUGAUGAAUGAGUGUACAUACUGUUUACAUGUAGGAUAGUGUACAUGUACAUGUACCUACUGAGUAGGUUCUGGGACGUUUUCUAUGUUUCCAUGAUUUUAUACUGAACGUGUUUCCUCUUUAAAGCAAAGAGCUACAAGAAUAAAAUGUCAAAAUACUGUGGGUUUUUUUCUUUCACCAUCAUGACGGCGUGGUGUGAGGAGGACCAUGUGAAACAGGUGAAGGCUCCAGAACAGGAGAGUC